AUGUCCAUUUGCGAUCAUAAUCGUGACCGAGGCCUUGACAACUUGGUUAAUGGGAUUGUGGGAGCUCAUCGUGCUGAAGAGAAAGCUCAUUCUGUCUCUUCUACUUGUGACCGCUGUGAUACCGAAGCUCUCGUUGAGAUCUUUGAAUGCGUAAACGAACUGGCUCUGGCGAUCACAAAGUGGAUUGACCCAGGCGCUGGUUUGACCCCAGAUGACCCCCAAUGGCAGAAACAAAUGAAUAUGGGAUUUGGAAACAUAAUACAAAGCUCACCUAUUAAACGACACAAAGGCAACGUUAGUGCAGUGAAAGCGAGUGCUCGAGCCUGCUUCGAAAGUGCGUCAGUGGACAGCCUACGGUCUCGCAACAUCGCCUUUCUCAAAGAUCAGCGAUUCAAAAGAUCCAUGAUCUACCGACCCAGCAUAUUACAUGAAUACACUUGGUAUCUAUUCAGCAAACAUCGUUAG